AUUACCGGCAGUCCCUCUUGUCACUGGUUCGUGUUCUGCUCUUAUAGUAACGCUAUCGGUGCAUCUAUACGUUGUCUACUGCUCCUCAAUCACUCCACAAUUAGUUUCGUCUUGUAGCUGUUAAUUAUUUUUCUUUGACUAUUAGAAGUAAUUAUUUAUUUUUUAUCUACUAAACCGUGCAAUCGAUUUACUGUUAAGCAUGGCCGAAGAAAAUGCAACAGCUGCUCAACCCGAAAAACAACCAGAAACAACCCCAGAACAAACUAAAGCUGAGGGAAAUGGCAAGGCCGCGGCUGCUGUCACCGAGGAACCGCCCAAAGAAAUGAAAGCUGUUGUGCUAACCGGGUUUGGCGGCUUAAAGUCAGUCAAGAUUUUGAAAAAACCUGAGCCCAUUCUAGGCGAAGGCGAAGUUAUCAUUAGGGUGAAGGCAUGUGGUCUUAAUUUCCAAGAUUUAAUGGCAAGACAAGGUGCCAUCGAAUCACUGCCUAAAGCCCCAUUUAUUUUAGGUUUUGAGUGUUCUGGCGUCAUUGAACAAAUUGGCGAAGGAGUUGAAAAUUUCAAGGUUGGAGAUCGUGUAGUCGCUUUACCUGAGUGGCGAGCUUGGUCCGAAUUGGUGUCUGUUCCAGCCAAAAAUGUGUUUGGCAUACCGGAUAACUUAACUUUUAUUGAUGCCACAGCCUUGGCCACCAACUACAUAGUUGCCUAUGUCCUACUAUUUGAAUUAGGUGCCAUUAAGCCUGGUAGCAAUCUAAUUCUACAUUCAGCUGGCGGAGGAGUGGGUCAAGCUGUUGUUCAACUCAGUAAAACAGUAGAAAAUGUUACUGUUUUUGGUGUUGCAUCCAAAACAAAGCAUGAAGCACUAAAAGACACAAUUGAUCAUCUUUUAGAGCGUGGAAGUGACUAUACUUCUGAAGUUCGAAAAGUUUCCCCAGAAGGAGUUGAUCUAUUUUUAGAUUGUGUUUGUGGUGAGGAGUGCAGCCGUGGAUAUUCCUUAUUAAAGCCUAUGGGAAAAUAUAUUCUUUAUGGAUCAUCUAAUAUUGUCACAGGAGAAACAAAGAGCUUUUUCAGUGCAGCAAAAUCUUGGUGGCAAGUUGAUAAAAUUUCACCAUUGAAAUUAUUUGAUGACAAUAAAACACUAAUAGGAUUUAAUUUGAGGAGAUUAUUGUUCCAUCAAAGUCAAUCUACAUAUGUCGCAAAUAUUUUCGAUAAAGUUGUUGAUUUAUGGAAAAAUGGUAAAAUUAAACCAGUUGUUGAUUCUACUUGGGCAUUUGAAGAUGUUGGUGAAGCUAUGCAGAAAAUGCACGACAGAAAAAAUAUUGGAAAAAUUGUAUUGGAUCCAAGUUUAGAACCAAAACCUAAACCAGCAACUCCAAUAAAAAGCAAAUCAAAGAAUUCCGAUAAAGAAAAAGAAAAGAAAGAGGAUGAUUCUGCUAAUGGUACUUCUACACCAGAAGUUACUAGUCCUACAACUAAAGAAAAAGAAGAAAAAAAGGAAUCUAGCUAAAUACUACGGUUAAUUUAUAAUAUUCAAAAAAAUAUAAUUAUUACCUACUUAUUUUAUAAAUAUAAUAUUUAAAUUCAUUAUCGCUUCUUGUGUUGUUUUAAAUACAUCACAAUAAAUUAUUAUUCAAGCAUUUUAGCAAUAUUUUUAAUGUAUUUGUUCCAAUCAUUAUAUGUUUUAUUUUAACAAUGAACUUAAUGUUUAUAUUUAAUCAUAAAUUAUUUUAUACAAAUAUUUUCAUUAUAAUUUUUAAUGUUAUAAAUUAUUUUAUUUUUUCAACAAUUAAUUGUUUAUUGUAAUUUAUUUGAACUGAACAUGUACCAAAUAUUUAGGUAAUCCUAUAUGUUAUUUUUUAUAUAAUUGUUUUGGUUCAUCUAAUUCAUAAAUCACAAUACAUUUUUUUAUUAUACUAUUAUUAAUUUUAGCUUAUACUUUAAGUUUUAUACUAUACUAAACAAAUUACAUUUUACGAAUAUUUAUUUUUCCAUUAUUUUUUUAUACAAUUUUUAGGCAUGAAUUAUCAUAGAAACUUAAAAUAUUACAUAUUUUUUAAUUAUAUCUUAUGCCAAAAUAUUUAUAUUUGAUAUCAUAAGUAUAUAAACAUAAUUAUAAUAUUAUCUCUAUGAUAAAAAUUAUUCUGUUUAAAAAUGUUCGAAAUUAAUGUGUGAAAUAUAUUUAUGUUAAAUUACUCAUAUAUUAUAUAUAAUGAAAAUAAAUUAAUCAAAACUGGCUACUAUGUAUAUAGGUUUAAGGAUCUCUAUUUUAAUUUUUUGGUGUGUUGGUUGCGAGUUUUAUGAUCGUGUAAUGUAUAUCUAAAUAUUUUUAAUGAUUUCAGCCAAAUUUUUUAUUAACUAAACCCAUAUACAGCUGAUAAACAUUGUUUAAACUCAUAAAAGUUGUGAAUAAAAAAAUGUUUUAAUGUUAA